AGAUUACAUGUAUUUUGGGAUUACUAAUAUUAGUAAUUCAUCAACCCAGAUUUCAUUUGAAUGUGCAAUCAGAUAAUCGUUACAUUAUCAAGGACUUCUUGAUUGCAUUUUUGAUUACGUCUUUAUAAUAAAUAUGCCUACAUUUCAAAGUAAUCACACAACCGUGCCUGUCCAAAAAAAGGUACAAUUUGUAUUAUACUUUUUCUAGGUAAACCGUGAUAUUGGCAUUUAUCAAUUUAACGAUUUCUGCAGGAGCUUGGUUCUAAUGAAACGUGUGUUUACAAGUAAACUAAAUAACAAAAGCAAUCAAUUCAAGAAUAAAAUUGAAAUAAACUAAUAAUAAAACGAUUGCAUUUUUAAUUACGUCUUUAUAAUAAAUAUGCCUACAUUUCAAAGUAAUCUGACACAACCGUGCCCGUCCAAAAAAAGGUACAAUUUGUAUUAUACUUUUUCUAGGUAAACCGUGAUCUUGGCAUUUAUCAAUUUAACGAUUUCUGCAGGAGCUUGGUUCUCAUGAAAUGUGUGUUUAUAAGUAAACUAAAUAACAAAAGCGAUCAAAUCAAUAAUAAAAUUGAAAUAAACUGUUAAUAAAACGAUUCAAAUAAUAUCCAGAUGUAUCAAAUUAAAAAUAAAUGACACUGUUUUGUGAACGUGCGAGGCUUGUAGUUCUGACACUGACCUCUAGGCCAAAGGACUACAACUCCCAGGCUAGAGGAGGGCCCUUCACGUCGAGCGCACGAGCCUCGCACUGCAACGGCAGCAGCUGGUGCAGCCGACGCGAACGUUACUUUGUUACAGCGAAGCUACCGGGGAGAAAACGGUGUAACGAAACCUCUCGGAAAAGUGCACACAGUUGGGGAGAAAACGGCGCAACGGAGCGCCUGUUGCCGGGAUUUGUCGCUGGCAGCUAUUUAAUGAACUUGCCAGCGGAUUUGAACGUUGUCGUUUCGCCGAUAAAAAGAGAUCUUUCUCAAAGUUGAGCCGAAGAGGAGUUCUCUGGUUCAGGAUGUCGGACUGAGACAAAGGGGUCUGGGGGGCAUUCCCGUCGGAGCGCAGGUAAAACUUGAUUCUUGAAGUGUCCUCUGGAUGGGAAAGAUGGAGAGGGAGUUGCAAUGGUGGAAAGGACAGCUAGCUGCCGAUAUCCAUCAGUCGCUCCGCAUCAAGGAGCUGAAGCUACCAGUCUACCGAGCCCACUCCCCACAGAUUGGCAUGCGGCGGUACUUUGCUGACUUGUUGGCCAUCCUGAGCAAUCGCUACCAGCUCUGUCCUACAGCGCGUCACCUUGCCGUCUACCUGCUGGACCUGUUCAUGGACCACUAUGAUGUGGCCGUCAAGCAGCUCUAUGUCAUCGCCCUAUCGUGUCUGCUCUUAGCCAGUAAAUUUGAGGAAAAGGAGGACCGGGUUCCCAAACUGGAGCAGCUGAACUCUCUGGGCUUUAUGUGCAGCCUGAACCUGGUUCUCAACAAGAAGGAUCUGAUCAAAAUGGAGCUCCUGCUGCUUGAGACUUUUGGCUGGAAUCUGUGUAUGCCCACCCCAGCCCACUUUAUCGACUACUACCUCCACGCCUCAGUCCAGGAGGGCGACCUCUACAACGGCUGGCCCCUCUCUUCCCUCUCAAAGACCAAGGCUUUCAUGGACAAAUACACUCACUACUUUCUGGAAGUCUCACUGCAAGACCACGCUUUCCUGAGUUUCCGACCGUCCCAGGUUGCUGCUGCGUGUGUGGCAGCAUCUCGUAUUUGCCUUCAGAUUUCCCCCAGCUGGACGACCGCUCUGCAUCUGCUGACGGGCUACACCUGGGACCACCUCACCCAGUGCAUUGAGCUCAUGCUGCUAGCUCAUGACAAUGACGUUAAGGAGGCCAACAAGACCAAAUCCACUCCUCCUCACCGGCCAUCCUCUCUGCAAUCCCAGCCCCAGACCUCCCACCUCUCUCCAGUGUCAGCCAUCCAGAGACCAGUCUCCUCCACCUCCUCCACACCACAGCUGCUCUUUCAGCCAGACGGCUUCCCACACCUUUCCCAGCAUUCCCCGUCCCUGUCCCAGCUGCAGGCUCUAGCUGACUCCCAGGCUUUGGGGCCUGUGGUGAACAUUUCUCAGGACUUAAUUCAGAGCCACAGGAUGAGUCUCCUAACUGGCGCUGCUUCCAUGACUCCUAGGGGUGGGUUCCCCUCCUACCCAAGCUUGACCGCUGGUCUCCAGCCGGAGGCUCGAGCGCUGCCGCUCCAGGGCCCCAUUUCUGUGCAGAUGGCGCUCGCUGGAGAGCCGCGCCACUGUCUGAGCAUGGCCUACAGCGGGGGAUACCUGGGGGCUCAUCACUCGUUCACAGCGGGCUGUUUUGACAGGUGACGCCAGGAGACGGAGAGAGAGCACAAACCCCUGCAGGAGUGCACUAUGAUGCUUCCGGCUCAAUUCCCUACCCCGAAAUAUCCUUUUGCAGACCUCCUCUCUCUCUCCGUCAGCUCCGCAACACCUUUAGCUAGUCCGGCUCCCCCGUCCCUCACACAGAGACGCCUCAAACGCAAGCAGAGGUCCAAAGGCAAGACGGACCCGGUGGAAGUGAUCACACUGACGUGACAAAUGUUCCACCACCUUGAAAUACUGCGCCAUUGCAAAAACGUUAUUGCUAUAUUCUGAAAUGGUUUUAUAGAUCUGUGUUAUGAUGAGACUGUCAUCACUGUGAAUGAGAUGUCAUCCAACGCCCACAUUCAGUGCCUGUUCUCAGUCGUGUGAUAGCUGAGCCAAUUUUAGAAGUAAACAGAACGCAAAGUAUCUGUGAUAAAGAUAUCUUGCUGCUUGACAUGAUUUUUUUUAUUCUUUACUUUCUAAUCCCAAAAAUGGAAUGUGUGUUGAAGAAAAUUGGCUGGUGUUGUUUUUGAGCGACCAUUGAGAGAGAAGGAAGAAUUCGAGGCUUGUCGGUGAACAUUGAUGGGACUCCUGUCGUCUCGGUUGGAGCUGAAGGGACGGAGGCUUCGUGACUUUGAGCGCAGCAGGUAAAGCUGCUGUUUUUCUUUCCUCCUCUCUCGGUCCUCGUCAUCGCAUCUCUUCCACCUCCAAAGUGGAGCCUCGUGGCAGAGCCCUCUCGGUGAGGAUGUGUCUCUGGCAGCUGCAGGCUUUGUCCUCCGAAAGUUUUCAUUCCAGUGUCUCCGGCACCACUCAAAGAAUUGACCACAAACUGGACCAGCAUGGUGAAGGAGACGUGGAUGAUGUUCGUGUGUUGUACAUAUAAAUUGCUGCUGCCUUCUUAUAAACUGUUGGUUCUGUGUCUGUGUUAAGGACUCCAAUGUUUACAUGAACCACUAAGUAUCAGGGACUUGAACAAGAUUACUUGAAUAUGAUGCCAUUGAAACAUGCCAUAGCUUUUAUUUAUGAUUCAUUAUUUUCUUUCUAUUUCACUUUUGUUUGAUGUAGUGUAGCUUUUUAUACCAACUUAGAACCACACCAUUGAUUUAAUUAUAGUUUUCUUUAUACCCGUCGAUAUAAACUGUUUAAGGCUCAGGUUUUAAGGCUGAAACGAGCAGCCUUCCCUUUAUUCUGUGCUAUUAUGCUUUAAAGUGGAUGCUAUUGCAGCGUAUGUGGGUGCUGGAAUAUUCCCUUCAUCAUUGGACUACGCUCUGCUGACAAGUCGAUGACUGAAGGCAUGAAACCGUCUGUUUGCCUCAUCGUGGAACAACCUUGUGGUCACUGGUUUCACACAUCUGUGGGCAGUCGACAGUAAUUGCUUCCCAAAUUUCUAAAGCUGCAGUUCCCAACUUCCACUUCCUGUUAACGUAUAAACACAUCCAGAUUCCCAGUGUCGGUCACAAGGGUUGCCCUUUGGCUACCAUGGUGACGCCUUGAAUACAGUUUUGGGAUAAUGGCUGAAUUGGAUGAAACAAAUUAUUUUCAGCACCGAUUAAUCUGUUGCUUGAUUUUGCGAUAAACCGUUUUGUCAAAAAAGAGAACAAAAUCUAAAAUGCCAGUUCUAAGUCCCAAAGCUCAAUCUGAUGUAUUCAAAAGGAGUAUUUUAUUCGACAAGCGGUCCCAAAACCCUAAACAAUAAUCGGUUCACUCUCACUUAUGACGAAGAAAAGCAUCACAUUCUCAUAUUUGAGGAGCUGGAACCAGAGAAUAUUUCAUUUUUGACCAAAUUGACCGCCUGUCGGACGAUUGUCUUAUCAAAAAGUCGACUAAUCCCUGCAGCUCUACUGUGGACUCCAAAUUCUGGGAUCAUGACCGAUUUCUAAAAUGUUUCCUCUGGACAUCGGACGUUGUGCCAUGUCAUGCCUUGCCCGAAGCAGUUGUGAACCUUAAAUGAAUAGAUGUGCUUCUUUUUCCUCUUCGUAACACUACAUGAAGCCUUCUGAAACUGCAACACUCAGACAUUAUAAUCACCACCCAUCAAACCUUUUACAGCUAAACAUCAGUUUGUUUCCCCCUGCUGAAAAGGACAUGUUUAUUUGUUUUCCUUCCAGUGAUCUGGACUAAGAUACUAUGCCUUAUUUUAACUUCUUGUGUACAGUUUUGUUCUAUUUUUUACAUUCCUUUUCAGUGUAACUUAGUUUAAAGCGUUUUGUGAUUUGUUUUCCCGAUGAAUGCCGUUGGCGUGAACUAUGUUUUUGUUCCUAGAGUUCAACUUGCUCUUGUCCUCAUAAUUCAUGAGCAACGUCUCACUGAGGUGUCAAAGGUGCAAUACGCUGUUUCUUCUGUUUAAACUGACCACAGCCAUCACUGUCUCGUGUACACCACUGGUUCAUCUUUUGUAACUUAUUUUUGACAAUUGUGUGAUUUGACUUGCUGUAGCUUGAUCUCCUCUCUGAACACGAUUAAUAUGUUGCAUAUUGCAGCCGCCUCCUUUGAGUGAUGGAUAUUACUGAAUGCUUUUGUCUUUUAGCUCGAGAAAAUGCAUUGUUCCCUCCAGUGAAAGGUGCUGAUGUCACUCGGACCACACCACACUUGUCUACCACGCAAAUUUCCAAUUUAUAUUUUUGUAUUAUUUUGUACCAAUUUGUAGUCUUGGUUUAUGUGACACCGAAUGAUGGAAGAAAUUCUUUUAUCAUAAUGUGGCACGGAAAAAGAAACCCAAGUGAACCGAGUUUGUGAGGGGCGUGUUUCUUCUGAGGAAGCGUCACCAAAGUGCCUGCAGCUUUUAGGGAAAUGACGCUCUUGGCUGCAUCGCUCCGAUUGGCUGAAGGGGAAGACGAUGCAGCAGCUCCAGUGACGAGCCCUGCAGGCUUCACACACAGCCCUCCAGCUGUGGCUGCAUGCUGUCAAUGCAACACAUUAUUCGUUUAAAUAGUGUCAGUAAACCACACUGAAGCAGUGCUGAACUGUAACCAAGUACAUUUACUCAAGCUCAUUUAAGGAAACUAACAACUGAAGUGUUGCCGUUUUCUUCUUCUUCCAUAUUCCCCGCUAUAUUUCAAAGAGACUGUUACACUCUUCAUGCCCAGCCUGAAAGUUGUGAGUUACUUUAUAGAUUACAUUUGAUGCAUUUCUCAAGAUUAAACUGUUUAUAAGGUUGUUGAACCUAACUUCACGUGAACCAUCAACUAAAAUAAAACAAACUACUUCAAAUUUG